UAUAAAUGGCACCAGAGUAUGCAAUGCGGAAAGCCAUAACAGAUAAAGUUGAUGUUUAUAGUUAUGGAAUAGUUGUGCUUGAAAUAGUUAGCGGGGAGAAUAAUGCAAAGUAUGAACCAAACAAAGAGACGGUUUUUCUGCUGGAUAAGGCUUGUUAUUUACAAGCAAAGGGGAGGCUUAUGGACUUGGUGGAUAAAAAAUUGUCUACAUAUAACUGGCAGCAAGCCCAUGAUAUCCUACACUUGGCGAUGAUGUGCGUUGAUCAGUCACCAGCUGUGAGGCCUACAAUGUCUGAAGUUGUGAGUGUACUAGAAGGUGAAAAAAACAUUCAGCAGAUUUCUAAAGCCGACACUUCCUCAGCUUGAUUCAUGUGAAUAAAUUCUCAAUGAUGAACUAGCUUCCUUUGUUUUUCUGUUAUUUUACGAGCUUGUUUUUUAGUCAGUAUCUCUGAACUACUCAUUGUCAUUGUAUUGGGUUGAAUAAAUUAGUAAAAGUUUACGUUUAAUCAA